GCACACAGCACUCCAUUCUCCCCAACAGCCAGGAUCUUUUUAUCACCCUGACUGAAGUACCCUCCCAAGCCUCCCAAGCCAGUACCCAAGACUCUGACCCCAUGGAAGGGACCUCAGCAGCUGCAAAUUCCUCAAGCCUCCCUCCUCCAUCCCGAAGGUUAUCACAGAUAAGGCAUCGUAAGAAGAGAACGCGAGAGGACAUGUUUUCUGAAAUUAUGGAAUCCAGCCGCAGUGACAGAGCUCAUGUGAAUGAGUGGAAGGAAACAGUUUCAAAGUAUAGGAAAGAAGUCAGUGAACGUGAGGACAGGAGGGACCAACGUGAGGAGAGGAGGGACCAACGUGAGGAGAGGAGAGACGCUCGAGAUGAGAGGUGGCGGCAGGAAGACCAGAGAAUGAAGGAUGCAACGCUGGGGCUGCUCCGGCGUCUGGUGGAGGUUCAGGAACGGCUGCUGGAAAACAGAUUGCCGCUUCAGCCCCUGUUCCACCCUCCCCCCUCCCCAUGUUCCGUAUCCUCCUCACCCAGACGUGUAAGAACGCGGGGGGGGGAGGCUCCGUACACCUUCCCAUUCCACCCCAGUAGACAGCCCAAGCAAAAGGCUGUCAUUUUUUUAACCUUUUCUUUGUGGCUUUUUCCUUCCCAGCAAUCCUCCUCCCAAAUACCACCCGGGUUCCCUCCCUCUUUUUCUAAUCUAUUAAUAAAGAAUAAAUGAUUUUUAAAUGAUAGUGACUUUAU